GUUAGCAUUGCCCUCUGAGCUGAACCAGGAAACGGUGCGACCUGGUUUUACUUGGAGCUGUCAAACGAAUGAAUCCACAUUUUUAUUUAUUUCGUGUCGUUUUUUUAUUGAUUAAGUAGCUGUGUCAGACUCAAACUGUAAGCGGGUUAAAUGUUAUCUUAUACGGCUGCCAACAUCAACAAUAAACAAAUGAGCAUGUGACGGAGGACUGGGCCGUACAGCACAUGAUCUGGACAAGUGAAGGCGGUUAAAGCAAUCUGGGGUAAAUCAUCUCAAAGUGAUUGAUUAGGGAUCUGUAGCCAUGGCAGCGAAGAAGUCCACGCUGAAAGUCAUCUUGCUUGGUGAUGGUGGGGUUGGAAAGAGCUCCUUGAUGAAUCGAUACGUCACCAAUAAGUUUGAUGCCCACCUUUUCCACACCAUUGGUGUUGAGUUCUUAAACAAGGAGCUCACCGUAGAUGGGUGCAAUGUUACCCUCCAGAUCUGGGACACUGCUGGCCAGGAGCGCUUCCGCAGCCUGAGGACUCCUUUCUAUCGUGGCUCUGAUUGCUGCCUGCUCACUUACAGUGUGGAUGAUAACCAGAGUUUUCACAACUUGAGCAACUGGAAGAAGGAGUUCAUUUACUACGCUGAUAUCAAGGAGCCAGAGAAGUUCCCGUUUGUGGUUUUGGGCAACAAAGUGGAUGUGACAGAGAGGCAGGUGUCUUCAGAAGAUGCUCGGCAGUGGUGCCAGGAGAAUGGGGACUACCCAUAUUAUGAGACCAGUGCUAAGGAUGCCACCAAUGUAGCAGUGGCUUUUGAGGAAGCAGUGCAUAGAGUGUUAGUAAUGGAUGACAAAACUGACUAUCUUAUCCCCACGGACACAGUCAAGCUCCACAGAAAGCCCCGCUCUGCUACUGCUUGCUGUUCCUAACAUCCAGGAGCUGCUACUAAUAAACCUGUCGUGCCUGCUAAGUGGAGGCUGUAAGCGUUUGGCACUGUAUAACAAACUAUGCUAUUCUUUUGAUUUCUUGAAGGUUUGGUGAUUCUAGUUGUUGGGCUUUAGCCUUAAACACUAAAUUGAUGUAAAUACAAAUAAACUGUUACUUAUGGCUUCAGCUUUCCCACUUUUUUAAGUUGUGACUGAAAAUUAUGGAAUGGAAACAGCAACUACUAAUGUUGGUCAAAGAUUAUCUCAGAACAUUAAAAUACUCCACGUUCCUCUCAAGUUGCUAUUCAUGAUUUUUUUUUUCUUUCAUAAAUGUGUACCACUUGGUGAGUUCCAAAAAUCUGAACAUCUAACCAUCAGUUCCAUGACACAACU